UUUAAAAACUUAAUGGCAAAUUUCCACAACUUUUUUUAUUCACUCAAUUAUUAAAUCUCAUUUUAAAAAUUUUUGUCCCAAAGCAAAGAGAGUAUCGGAAUAGUUGUUGAGCCUCGACACAAAAUCCCCACAACUCGAAUUUCACCUUUGCAGAAGGAGGUGUUUGUUCUUUGGAUCAGCCGCCAUGAUUCAUUUUGUGCUGCUCAUUAGCCGACAGGGAAAAGUGAGGCUAACCAAGUGGUAUUCACCAUAUACACAAAAAGAGAGAACCAAGGUAAUCCGUGAACUAAGUGGUAUGAUUCUCACUCGAGGACCAAAGCUUUGCAAUUUUGUUGAGUGGAGAGGAUACAAAGUUGUUUAUAAAAGAUACGCGAGCUUGUAUUUUUGUAUGUGCAUAGACCAAGAGGACAAUGAGUUGGAGGUCCUGGAAAUCAUACACCAUUUUGUUGAGAUUCUGGACCGAUACUUUGGAAGCGUCUGUGAGCUGGACUUAAUCUUCAAUUUUCACAAGGCGUACUAUAUAUUGGACGAGCUUGUUAUAGCUGGUGAACUCCAAGAAUCAAGCAAGAAAACUGUUGCACGUCUUAUUGCUGCACAGGAUUCUUUGGUCGAGGCUGCCAAAGAGGAGGCAAGUUCUCUUAGUAACAUCAUUGCACAGGCCACUAAAUGAGGGGGUAUCCAGGUGUUCAAGUUUUUUCGAGUGCAUUUAAGUUUUUCAUAUUGUUCGUUGCUGUAAUCCGAUCUUGUUAUGACAUUAUUCGUUUAAAUUCGUAGUUAAAUAGUUUGGAAUUUCUUGAUAGUAAUGAGUUUUCUUCUAAACUAAGAUGUAAUAGCCGUUUCUUCCUGCACUUAUUAGUUGUAAUUUUUUGAA